AUUGGAAAUCAGACCCAGAGUUGGACUCCACGUGACCCUAAGAGAGCCUCGUGCCCAGGGCUAAGUGUGGGACACCGCGCGUAUCUCCCUUCGCCCCUCCAGUCCUUCAAGGAGAAGGGGAGAAGUCGGAGCCUUAUCGCCAGUCUCUCUAUUACGAAAGCCCUAGUGCGGGCCCCCUCCCGCACCAUGAGCAACCUGAAGCCGGAUAGCGAGCACAGCACCAGCACCGGCACCGGCUCCGGCCCCGGCAUCGGCGGCGGCUUGGAAGAGGAGGUCCGGACUCUGUUCGUCAGCGGGCUCCCUGUAGACAUCAAACCAAGAGAACUCUAUCUUCUCUUCCGGCCAUUUAAGGGGUAUGAAGGGUCACUGAUCAAACUCACAUCAAAACAGCCUGUAGGUUUUGUGACCUUUGACAGCCGUGCUGGGGCAGAAGCAGCCAAAAAUGCACUGAAUGGCAUUCGUUUUGACCCUGAGAAUCCACAAACCUUGCGGUUAGAGUUUGCCAAGGCCAACACUAAAAUGGCAAAGAGCAAACUGAUGGCAACUCCAAAUCCCACUAGCAUUCACCCUGCCCUCGGCGCACACUUCAUCGCACGGGAUCCCUAUGACCUGACAGGAGCUGCUCUGAUCCCUGCUUCCCCGGAGGCCUGGGCCCCUUACCCAUUGUACACUACAGAGCUGACCCCUGCCAUCCCACAUGCUGCAUUCACCUACCCGGCUGCUGCCGCCGCCGCUGCUGCCCUGCAUGCCCAGGUCAGCAUUGGAAGCCCGGAGCCUUACACUUCAUCUUGGCUGGAGAUCCUACCCUUCUCUUAAAAUAAAAUGUUUAUUAAUGAU